CAUUGCACGUCAAACCAUUUCCCUAAGAUAAUGAUGAGAUGCAAAACAGAAGUAGUGUAACGAGGGUAGUCGGUAGACAAGUGAAGACGAAAGCCCUCCCUUACCGGGAGUGUGGCCGUCCCUGAUUGCCUAACGAGAAGAGAAAAGAAAAGAAAAGGAAAGGAAAGAAAAGAAAGUGGAGGAAAAUAAAAAAUGGAAGCAGCGGCGGAGGGACUGUGGGGACUGGCGGACCAUCACGAGAAGAAGGGUGAGAUCGGAAAGGCCGUGAAGUGCCUUGAAGCCAUUUGUCAGAGCCAAGUCUCUUUCCUCCCAAUCGUCGAGGUCAAGACUCGCCUUCGCAUCUCCACCCUCCUCCUCAAGCACUCUCACAAUGUCAAUCACGCCAAAUCCCACCUCGAACGCUGCCAAUUGCUCUUGAAGUCCAUUCCUUCAUGCUUCGAGUUGAAGUGCAGAGCAUAUAGCUUACUCAGCCAGUGUUACCAUCUCGUGGGAGCUAUUCCUUCACAAAAACAAAUAUUAAACAAGGGUUUAACUCUUGCGGCAUCUUCUGUGGAAGGGUUUUCUGCAAAGUUAUGGUUUUGCAACUUCAAUUCACAACUCGCAAAUGCUCUGAUAAUUGAAGGAGAUUAUCAAGGGUCAAUAUCUGCUUUGGAAAGUGGAUAUAAUUGUGCUUCUGAAAUGUUUUACACAGAAUUACAGAUGUUUUUUGCGACUUCUAUCUUGCAUGUACACCUCAUGCAGUGGGAUGAUGUAAAUUUGGUUGAGAGAGCUGUUAACAAAUGUAAUGAGGUGUGGGAGUCUAUUCAGCCAGAAAAGAGACAACAGUGCAUUGGUUUACUCUUUUACAAUGAGCUGCUGCACAUAUUCUAUCUGCUCCGGAUAUGUGACUACAAGAAUGCUGCUCAACAUGUUGAGAAAUUGGAUGUUGCGAUGAAGGCUGACAUGCAGCAGAUGCGGCAUAUCCAGGAGCUGACCAAGGAGCUCAAUGCAUUAAAUCUGAGUCUCUCUCGGUCUGACCUACACUAUAGAGAUAGGUCAGCACUUUCUGAAAAACAAGCUCAGCUUGAAGAACAGCUGAGUAACAUUACUGGAUUGAGUUCGGCAGGCAAAGAAACUUUGGAACCAGCAUAUUUUGGAAAUGUCAAACGGGCAUGGGGAGAUAAACUUGAGUUAGCACCAUCUCCUAUUGAUGGGGAGUGGCUCCCAAAAAGUGCUGUCUAUGCACUCGUUGAACUUAUGGUUGUCAUUUUUGGGCGUCCAAAAGGACUUUUCAAGGAGUGUGGAAAGCGGAUUCAAUCUGGUCUGCAAACCAUCCAAGAUGAGCUGGUGAAGCUUGGAAUCAAUGAUGGUGUGAGAGAAGUGGAUUUGCAACACUCUGCCAUUUGGAUGGCUGGUGUAUAUUUGAUGCUUCUGAUGCAAUUCCUUGAAAAUAAAGUAGCUGUGGAGCUCACACGAUCAGAAUUUGUUGAAGCUCAGGAGGCUUUGGUGCAGAUGAGAAAUUGGUUCAUUCGCUUUCCAACAAUUUUACAGGCUUGUGAGAGCAUUAUUGAGAUGCUUAGAGGACAAUAUGCUCAUUCAGUUGGCUCUUACAGUGAAGCCGCUUUUCAUUUUAUUGAAGCAGCGAAGCUGACGCAAAGCAAAUCAAUGCAAGCAAUGUGCCAAGUUUAUGCAGCUGUCUCUUACAUUUGCAUUGGUGGUCCAGAAUCUUCUGCACAGGCUUUUGAUUUGAUUGGACCGGUUUACAGAGUGAUGGAUUCUUUUGUUGGGGUGCGUGAGAAAACCAGUGUCCUCUUUGCUUAUGGCUUUCUAUUGAUGAGGCAGGAGAAUCUGCAAGAUGCCCGGGUUCGGCUGGCCACUGGCUUGCAGAUCGCACAUACUCAUUUGGGAAAUCUUCAACUUGUUUCACAGUAUUUGACCAUCCUUGGCAAUUUGGCACUUGCUCUUCAUGACACUGGCCAAGCCAGGGAGAUCUUGAGAUCUGCCCUUACAUUGGCAAAAAAGCUCUAUGAUAUUCCUACUCAGGUUUGGGUGCUAUCAAAUUUAACAGCUUUGUAUCAGCAAUUAGGUGAGAAUGGCAACGAAAUGGAGAAUGUUGAAUUUCAAAAUAAAAAGAUGGAGGAACUGCAAAAGAGACUUGAUGAUGCACGUUCAUCCAUUCAUCAUAUUGAACUAAUUGACAAAACAAAAAUUGAAGUUCAUCAAUUGCACGAGCUUGACAUCAAACGUGCCAUGGAUGGUCCAUCAUCAAUGAGAGUUGAUCUUGACAUUCCGGAAUCUGUUGGUCUGUCAACCCCAGCACCUACUCAGUCAUCAAGGCUCAUAGAUUUAGACAUUGGAAGACGGGGAAAGAGAAGAAUAUAGUUUUCCCCACUAGAAAAUUGUUCCUUGUCAAGAAACACUUUCUUUCUAGUUUCUUCUCCUCUUGGGGUGCAUGGAGUUUGUGGAGUAUACAAUCGUUGCAGGACAGAUGUCUCUCAUCAUUUUGAAGAUUUUUUUUGAAUGCUUGUGUAUGUAUAUAUUCAUGUAUUUAAGUUGAUUUAUCUGGUCCCCCUUGCUAUUGUACAUAGUUGUGCAUCAGAAUGCAAGCUUUGAUCUCUAACUUGACCUAUCAGGAGAGAUGAUUUCCUGUUAUUACUGAGCUGCUUUUAAUGCCAGUUCAACAUUGUGUUAUUACUAGUUAAGCAUUUAAACA